AUGAUUACCCUCCUUUCACCUCAUUUCGUACUUCCAGCGGUCAGCGAGGAUGACAUGGUGAUUGCUUCACUCGCAUGGGGCUUCACGAUUGGCUUUGGGUGGCUCACUACCUGGACAGCGGUGAAGCAGACUCUGCACAUAUAUAAGAGACAUGGUCGCCAUAUCUUCCAUAAUGCCUAUGUAUGGAUGAUAUGGCUCGAGAUUCUAGUUUGUCUCAUCUUCAGUGUGCUCUGCUGGUUAUACCUGAGGGGUACGAUUCCACCAAGCUUUGCCUUCUAUUUCUGCAUUGUUACUACAUGGGCCCUGCAAGUCCAAUUUCUCCUACAAAUCAUCAUCAAUCGUUGUGCAAUUCUUCUUGUGGAUCGAAGGAAUGCAAACCGUCUGAAGGUCGGCGUUGCCAUCUUAAUCACCGCUAUCAAUAUCUCAGUCUACGCUAUUUGGAUUCCCGCACGUCUGCAAAUCUCCGAAACUUACAUCCGGGUAAAUGACCGAUGGGAUCGUUGCGAAAAAGUCAUCUACCUUCUUGUGGAUGGAGCGCUCAACUUUUAUUUCAUACGGAUUGUUCGAUCAAGCCUAGUGUCGGCCGGCUUGGGAAAAUACAAAACCCUAGUCCAUUUCAAUAUCGGCAUUAUUGGAUUGUCUCUUGGUAUGGAUGUCUUGAUUAUAUCCAUGAUGAGCUUGAAUAAUACAUUUGUCUAUAUGCAAUUUCAUCCUCUUGCCUAUAUGGUCAAACUCAACAUCGAGAUGUCAAUGGCUGAUCUUAUUGGGAGAAUUGCUAGUGAUCGUUCUUCUGUCAUCAUCUGUAAUGAUACCUUGGAGUUGGCUGGCGCGGGGGACACACAAGAGGUUAGGUUCGUCUCCCUCUAG